AUGGAGGUAAACAGCGGAUUGCCGCAGGGAUCAGUGUUAGGUCAUCAUCUUUGGAAUUUAUCAUACGAUGGAGUGCUAAGAAUAAAGCAACCUGCAGUCAUAAUAGUGAUAGGUUACGCGGAUGACCUGGCAGUAGUCGUUGUGGCAAAGACGGAGGAAGAAUUGGCAAGAAGGGCAAAUUUGUACCGAUCGAAUUCGAGGGAAGUCACCCUGAAGGACGUCGAGAGGGAGACUUCGGGGGAGUUUAAGUGCGAAGUUUCUGCAGACGCACCCCUCUUCCAUACCGAGAUACGUGCAGCGCAUCUACUUGUUGCAGAUAUUCCUGAUGAAGGACCAGUAUUGAGAACGGACGUGCAGAAGGUCGCACCUGGGGCGAAGAUCAGAGCGAACUGCACCACACCAGGAUCUUAUCCGCCAAUGAACGUCACUUGGUUCAUCAAUGAUGUCGAGGUACAUGCAAAACACGGGAUUCAAAUUGACGAUUCGGUAAAUAGAUACGACGCGCUUCCCGGAUUGGAGAGCGUCAGAUCCACUAUAUCUAUAAGGGCCGUUCAGGACCUCUUCAAGAAUGGUAAGAUGAGACUCCGUUGCCUUGCCACAAUGUUCUCAUCACUCUACAGAAGAGCUAAGGAAAACGAGAUACAGGAGGACGCACCCUUAAUGGCUCUUAUUAUGGUACCAACCACGCACAGCAAUGAAGGUAUAAAUAGCGGCCCCAAACAUUCCGUGUCCAAUAAGAUGUUGCACUUCUCCAUGUAUACAUUCAUCCUGAUCUACAUGAGUAUGAACAUCAUUGGUUAUUAAGGAGGUGAAAGACUUUGCGAGAAGGAGACCUGGUGAUAGUGUAUUUAAACGGUGAUAAACUGAGAGAAAGAGAACUAAGGAUUCCAACAUUAUAUAGAUAUAUUCGGUUAAUUAGUUUUAUUAAAUGGAAGUGCGUUUUCUGUUAUCUAUGUACACAUAUAUAUUUGAAGGAGUCGAAGGAUGAAUCUACAUUAUUUGAAUAUUUAAGGAUACAGGAAAUAUUGUAUUAUUAUGAUUAUUGGAUGUGUAAAAUCUAUAAAUUAAAAAGAAAAGUAAUCAACAACAAGAACAGUGUUAUAAAACCUUUUCCGAGGAGGUCAUUGGUGUGUUUUUGUCGUAUAUACAGUUUAUGAUUUUCAUCUAAGUCUGGAUAUGUUGUUCAACCGUUUACUUCCCCACCCCUUGCAAGACUUACGUUGAAUUCGAGACAAUAAAUUUGGAUUUGUUGUUGUUUAUUUGAGCAAAGGGUCAAUAGUUAAGUUCCGUUUUAGGGCCUCCCCCUUCAUUAUUUUCAAGCUUGUGAUCAUUUCGAAAAUCCCUUGCGUAUGUGUAAAAGAAAAAACAAUCCCUACACCUGAAUUGCUCAAAUGUUACGUAUUUCCGUUGCAUGUACAUUAAAUAAUCCCCAAUUAUUGGAAUUUGAUUUAUUAGUGAAUACGUGUGGAUAGAUGGAAGGAAAGUCUGACGUUCUGUUGACGUUAAAUAAUUUGUAAAUAUUCAAUGGAAAUACUCAAUGGAAAUUACAGUGGAGUUUUAUAAACAAAACAAAAAAAAAACAAUGAUAUAUAUAUAAAUAUAUGUUAUAUUUAAGCGUAAAGUAACAUUCCUCCCUUUAAAAUAACUUGCAUGUAUUGUAUAUAAAAGAGAAUCAAAAGAAAUGUAGAAUAUGUUAAGGGCUGAAAGACUAAAGCUUUCUUUCCUUAAUUUGUAAAAUCCCGUUUUGAAUCAUCAAAAACAUUGAAAGAGAGAGAAAGAGAGAAACAACAUUGAACCGCCCACUGUAGACUAAACCUAAGUAAUGUGUAAUAUUGGAAAUGUGCAAUCAAAAUGGUAUUGAUUGUAUAAAAUAAAAUGAAGCAAAUUAAAUAUUAAAUAUAUUGAAAGUAGUGAAAGAACCCCCACAUCGAAUUAUAAUAACAAAAAAAAAAACAAAAUAAUAAUACCAAUAACAAAGAAAAUGUGAUUUUUUGUUCGUUCGUUUCUUUCCUCCUAAAAUAA